AAAAGACAAAAGACAUUUGUCAUUUGAUCCUACUAAGUGAGUGGAAAACAAAUUACAAAUAUAUGAUACUUCAGCUUUUUUAUUAUCGUUUUCUUACUUUUCACUUCUAAUGUGUAUUUUUUGAAUAUAUCAAAAUGUUGUCCAUAUAAGCUAAUACUUAGGAUUUAUAUCUGUGCUUUAACUGCUGAUUCUGCAUGUUUUGUAUGUAUUAUUGCUGUAGAUGGAUAAAAAAGCCGGGACAGUGAACAGUAUUCUCGGCACGUGCACGUCCAGAAAUGAUUGCUGCAGAGACAAAAAUGAGCAGAUGGACUGGCUGUGAGGGGUAACUCAAAUAAAAAAAAGAAAAAGAAAAGGGGAGGUACAGAGGAGGAGGAGGAGACGUGGAUUGAAGAGAGACGGGGAGGCAGAAGCGGCGGAGGAGCUCAGCAGGUCUCGUGUGUGAAAACACCGACACACAGUGAGAAAACGAGAGGAGAGUCCGUCACACGCCGCCAGAUAAACCCUCACAUGCCGCUCGCAGACAAUCAGGGAGAAUCGGCUGCAGGAGCGGACUACGAAGCCUGACGGGGAGGAUGAGGAGCAUCACCUGACCGACCGGGAGUCAGCCUCAGCACCUGCAGCGGCAGACUGAGCACUCCGCCGAUCAAAAGAGAGAGCUGCUGAGAUUAUGCGCAGGGCAGAGAGCUCCGGAGGAUUCCCCAUCUUUGGCAAAAGCAGCAGCUGCAGUCGGGGGAGCUUUGGCUCAGCAGACGGAGUCAGGGGGAGCUGCAGCAGCACAAGGAGCUCAGACUCCUCCAAAGCUAUUUAUUUACCCAGCGAUGAAUGUAGACUUUACAGCCAAGUUGUAAGAGGAAGCAGCUGUGUUGAAUGUACCUGCAGCACUGGUCCAAAGGUGGCCACAGCGGUGCCGCCGCUCAGCCGCGGUCGUCAGGGUAGGGGGGACAGUGGCUCAGGACACUGAAUGACCAGUGUGGCUGAUGAAGGCCACCUGGAUCCGCUUGCUGAAACGAGCCAAAGGAGGUCGAGUCAAGAGCUCCGACGCCUGUGGUUCGGCCGACUCCUACACCAGCCGUCCAUCAGACUCCGAUGUGUCCCUCGAAGAAGAUAAGGAGGCAGUUCGCAGAGAGGCAGAGCGACAGGCUCAGGCACAACUUGACAAGGCCAAGAGCAAACCGGUUGCUUUUGCCGUCCGUACAAACGUCAGCUACAGUCCGAGUCAUGACGACGAUGUCCCUGUUCCGGGCAUGGCCGUCGCCUUCGAAGCGAAAGACUUCCUCCACGUCAAAGAGAAAUUCAACAAUGACUGGUGGAUAGGGCGUCUCGUGAAAGAAGGCUGUGAAAUCGGCUUCAUACCGAGUCCAGUGAAGCUUGAAAACACUCGGAUCCUCCAGGAGCAGAAAGCCAAACAGGGCAAGUUCUACUCCAGUAAACUUGGAGCGAACUCAUCGUCUAGUUUAGGUGAAGUGGUUUCUAACUCCCGGAAAUCUACUCCUCCUUCAUCUGCCGUUGACAUUGACGCCACAGGCUUAGACCCCGAGGACAAUGAGCUCCCAGCCAACCCGCGCUCCCCUAAAGCCAGCCCAAACACUGUCCUGUCCCCCUUAGCAAAAGAGAAACGAAUGCCCUUCUUUAAGAAGACGGAACACAUUCCUCCAUACGACGUUGUGCCUUCCAUGCGGCCCGUGGUUCUGGUGGGACCAUCGCUGAAGGGCUACGAGGUGACCGACAUGAUGCAAAAAGCUCUUUUUGACUUCUUGAAACACAGGUUUGAGGGAAGAAUAUCAAUCACCCGCGUCACGGCGGACAUCUCCCUGGCCAAGCGCUCCGUCCUCAACAACCCCAGCAAGCACGCCAUCAUCGAGCGCUCCAACACGCGCUCCAACUUGGCUGAAGUCCAGAGUGAGAUCGAGCGGAUUUUCGAGCUGGCCAGGACGUUACAGCUGGUGGUUCUGGAUGCCGACACCAUCAACCACCCGUCACAGCUGGGGAAGACUUCCCUCGCCCCCAUCAUCGUCUACGUCAAGAUCACCUCUCCAAAGGUCCUGCAGCGGUUAAUCAAGUCCCGAGGCAAGUCUCAGGCCAAACACCUCAACGUCCAGAUGGUGGCCGCUGACAAGCUGGCUCAGUGCCCUGCUGAGAUGUUUGACAUCAUCCUCGACGAGAACCAGCUGGAGGACGCCUGUGAGCAUAUGGCGGAUUACCUGGAGGCGUACUGGAAGAGCACACACCCCACCAGCAGCAGCAGUAACAGCCCGCCCGAUCCACAGCUAACAAAGCAGCCCACAGCCGCACUGCCCGCCAGCCAGGCCCCCAACUCGGGAGUGCAGAGCAACAGCACGGAGCAGAAAGGAGACCGAGCGCCAGCUGAGAGGAAGAGCUCCAAGGAAGACUACCAGCACCAUCACCACCACCACCACCAUCAUCACCACCACCAGCAGAGCCAGGAGCAGGCGGACGCGGACGUGGAGGCGGACGCGGAGGGAAACGAGGAGGAGAGGCCCCUCAGGACAGAGUCUUCCAAAAGAGCCCAGCACAUCCACCACCGCUCGUCUUCCUCCAGAACUGAGCACCACAACCACCAUCACCACCACCACCACAGCGGCAGGGCCCGGGGCCUCUCCCGGCAGGAAACGUUCGACUCAGAGACUCCCGACAGCCGCAAAAGUAAAGACUUGGCGCACAACGAGCCGCGGGCGCAGGCACAGCACCAGGAAGAGGAGGAAGAGGAGGAGGAGGAGGAGGAUGAGGACGUUGGGGAAGGGCACCCUCAGAGGCAACAGCGCUACGAGCCGUUGCCCAGCCGGGACCACAACCACCAUCACCACCACCACCACCACCGCAGCGGGGCAGAGGAGGGCGGCCACGGCGCGGGACAGCAGCGCUCCAAAGAGCGCGAGCAGGACCACAACGAGCGCAACAAGCAGCGCUCGCACCACCACCACCGGCCGACGCGCGACCACCACCACCACUACUACGACCGCGGCAGAGAGAAGGACUGAGAAGCGGGGGGUGGUCCAGAGACUCGACCAAACUCUCUGUUCUCCCUUCGUGCUGCUAAACCCUGAAGCGCCACAGCGCCCUAUUUAUGUCCACGUCUUUGUAAAAGCUCCUGCAGGAUUUUGACGCUGAAAAUAUAAACCUACAUGUGUGUAUCUAUGCAUAGACCUCGUUUAUGCCUGGAUAUGCGUGAAUAUUCUCAAAUAUGCAUACUUUGAACCUGUGUUUGAUAAAGCAUGACAGAAAAGCAGAAUUGUUUUCUGUUGCGAGCUGUGCUUUCUGUGAUUAGCAUAAAAUUUUUGAUUAUUUUUACUUUUUUUUUUUUUUUGCUCGCUACCACUUGAAUAUUUGUUUAUUUCCUUCAGACUACUGCAAUCAGCUAACAUAGUUUGUAUUAAGAGACUAGUUCGGCAAUUUGGGAAAUUCACUUACUCGGUUUACUGAACCUUCUGCUUUAUUUUGAAAGGAUUUGCAGCGUUUUUUGAAUUAUCUUUUACCUCAAAAGUAAAUAUUGAUUAGCAAAGCCCUCGUUAAUCACAAACUUUGAAAUACAUUUUUUCAAGUCCAUAUAUUUGGAGCAAAAUUUGAGUUACAGGGUCUGCUGUCCUUUUUGAAUAAGAAAUAUGAACUAAAUAGUUACUUUUAUGGUGCAUUCACACCAGACACGGCCGGCGUGGGGGAGGAGUCAAGUUUCAAUGUUAAGUCCUUGUAGACGCAGCGAAUAAUGGGUGUUGGGUGCGACGAGGUUGACACGGCACGUCAACCAAUCAGAGACUCAGCUUUGGUCACGUGAUGUUUUCAUUGACUAGAUCAAAGGGUAGAAAAGGAGAUUCAAAAUGGCGGCUAGAUGGGUGGAUUUUGUCCUGAACUUGAAGCCUGAAGGCCGCCAGAGACUGUCCUGAUUCCCGACUAUCCCAACUGUCCUGUUGGGCGAAGGCGGGAUACACCCUUGACAAGUUUCCAGCCUGUCACAGAGCCCAUUGAGCCUGUGGCUACGCUAGCUAGCCACCCGGCGAAUAGCUUAGCAAGCUAGCUA